CUGAUUGGUUGCAUGCGAUGACUACGGCUGGAAAAGUUAGGAUAAGUGAACGUGGUGAUCACAUGUGACAGUAGUGUGUUUCGUGGUGUUUUUUUAUUUUUAAUAAUGGUUAAUAACGUAUAAUAGACAAGUUAUUUAAUAAUAGAUAAUAGAUUACUAUAAACUUCUCUUGACUACGAUAAUAUUUCUUUAAAAUUUCAUUGUUGUCAUGGAAACCGAUUAUUUAAAUUUUCACGAUGAAGAACACUUUCCUGAAUUUUCCCUCAAUCUUGAUCAGUAUAACUUUUCUGCUGAUUCUCAUAAACUACACAUGGUUAUUGACGAUGACUUCGAUUAUAUCCAGAGUCAACGAGCACCUGAAAGUUUUUGGGAGGUUGAACAAGAACUCAACGGAGAUAUGGCUGUACUACCUGCAUCAGGAGUAUCUUCAGUUAUGCCGAAAAUUGAGAAUAUGAAAGAAGAUUUUGUCAAAGUUUUCACAGAUUGGCAUGAACACAUUGGUUACCUAGAGGAAUGCGAUAUCAAUGAUGAUUUAAUUGCACUCAACAAUAAUUUACCGGAAAAUUUAAAUAUCAGUCUUUCUGACAUGUUUACUGAUGACAAUAUCGAUAUUCAUACAUCUCCAAUUAAAACUACCCAAAAAACUGUAAAAAUAAUUGCAAGUCCUAUUAAAAAUCCCGUCGAAUUUCCAUCGUCAUACCUGUUAUCUCCUGCUAAAGAAAGUUCAGUUGUGAAAAAAUUAAAAUUAGAUUUAGAAGUAAAUCAGCAAUCAAUUGUAGUGAAAGAAAAUGAUGAUGAUUCGGUAGAAAAAGAAGAAGGAUGCAUUGAUGUAGAAACAGUAUCAGAAUAUCAACCGGUGUUGGAAGCUUGUGAUGUUAAAAGUUUAUUAGAACAGUUUGAAGCUUCGGAAGCUAAUUUUGAUCGCAUAAAUCAAAUUCCUAAUAAAAUAAUUCCUGAUAAUAUCCAAAAACCGUGUGAAAUCGAUAAGGUGGAAGCUCGGAAAGACAUGUUAAAAUUAUUAAAAUCAACAGAACCACAAGUAUCAGAGCGACACAAAAAUAUCCGUGACUCGCUUCCAAAAGAAGUUAUUGACAGGAUAAACGCGUCUGCACGUAAGAAAGUUAUUUCAGUUAUUCCAGCAUUGUCAACUAAUACAAAAAUUAGUAAUCGUACUAGUGCCCGCACACCUAAAUCCACUACUGUUACAUGUAACAAAUCAUCAAAAGCGAUUAACGAAAAUGCGUGUCUUCCAUCUGAUACUGUCAUUCUGAAUGAUCACACUUACUGUACCAACACGGCCGGCAAUAGUAAUUCUGUUUACGUGAGUAAUUAUAAUUUCACUGGAAAUGUAACAAAGACUAUUAAAGGAAAACAUGGUGCAAAAAAAAAUGUCAAUCUAAAAGUUAAUACCCCGACACAUCAUCGGCGCCGUAGUAUAAUUAAACGCAUAGAUAGCUGGAUUGAUAGUAGCUCAAAAAAAGACAGUGGAUUAGAGUCAGGUGAUGUGAGUGAUGCUGGCGACGAACUAGCUACUGUUUCAGCUACAAAAAUUUCCGCAACUUCUAAUGAUCAACAAGUUAUUAAUCAAUUAAUUGAUAAACGAUGCAAAGUUAAUAAUUCUGUACCUGCAAAUACAAUGAUAAGUGUUGAUAAUAAACUAAAUCAAUCGAAACCGAUUCCUGGAAUAAAAAUACAUUCAGCGUUAGCUACGAGUAUAUUACAAAUGAGAAAUGGUGUUUUAACUAAAACAAAAUCAGUAGAUGAAAGUAUUCUUAAAGGUAAAAUGAUUUCUGUAUUAAAAAAACCACCCAUUAAUAAAUUAAUUGGAUUAAAUGAGAGUAUAAUAACAACAAAAAAUAGUCUAAAUGAUGAUGUUCAAAAUAUUAUUGUACAAGAUACUGCCUCAACUCAGGCAUUGUCGUCCUCGUCUUCGUUGUCACUUGUUAAUGUAAACGAAAAAAAACCACCGCGACGAAAAUUAAAUUUAGCUGAAUACAGAAGUAGGCGUGAUCAGAAAAGUGAUAGCAGUAGGACAAGUUCACCAAUACAACCGAUGUCAUUAAUUUACAUUCAUCAUGCAUCAACGACAACUGAACCUAUCAAGGAUGAUCCAGAUAAUCCUAUAUGGUCAGAACGUGAAAUUGUUUCAAUGUUAAAACCGAAAAAUAUGAUUGAUGAACCGCGCAUAAAACCUAUUACACGUGAUGUGACUGUACAGACGUAUGAAACUGUUUUUGAUAAUCCUAAAAGUUCUCAUGUAAAAAUUAACAAACCAGAAGAAGAAGAAAAUAACAUAGAUAUAGAACCAAUAAAAGAUGAUAAAGUUCAUACAGUUGAAGGAAAUCAAGUGUAUGAGAAAAAACACUAUUAUCGGCAACGUAGGGUUUCAUUAAGUUGCAGUCGGUCACGAUCUAGAAGUCGUAGUAAAAGUAGUAACAGUACUCGAAGUCGUAGUAGAAAAAAAAGUAGAAUUGUGAGUUGUAAGAGAGUUAGUCGAAGCCGAAGUCGCAACAAAUGUAGAACUAGCAGAAGCCGUAGUUGUAGUCGAAGUCGAAGUCGAAGUUUAUCAAGUAAGCGAAAUAUCAGACGUAGGAAAAUUAGUCAUCGUCGGAGUAGCGUUAGUUCUAAUAGCAGUUGGUCUUCGCGAUCACGAUCAAGAUCUACUUACAGAUCAAGAUCAUUCUCCAGAUCAUCUCGAUCACGAUCAAGAUCUAGAUCUAGAUCUAGAUCUAGGUCUAGAUCUAGAUCUCGUCACUCAUGUAGUACAAGGUAUUUUAAAUAUAAAUCGGAAAGGAAUAAAAGAUCGGGUCAACGAAAACGAUCACGGAGGCGGAGAACGAGUUAUGAUAGGUGCAGUCGUUACUCGUCGGAACGUAGUUAUAAUUCUUAUAACGGACGAAGAUCUCCUAGCUACACAAGAUAUUCUUACAAUACAAACACAUGGCACAAUCAUGAAAAAACGAGACAAGUCGAAGAACGAAGAGUCAUAUAUGUUGGCCGCAUUGAUGAAGGAAUUACUAAAGCUGAUUUACGUAAAAGAUUUGAAGCUUUUGGACCGGUUUUAGAUAUUAGUUUACAUUUUCGUGAGCACGGAGAUAAUUAUGGAUUUGUAACAUUCGCCCACAAGAAUGAUGCGUAUGAAGCUGUGGAACAUGGUAAUGAUGAUCCUAAUUUACCAAGAUAUGAUCUGAGUUUUGGUGGACGAAGAGCAUUUUGUAAAGUUAAAUAUGCGGAUUUAGAUGGAGCACCAAACAGUUCAUAUACUUCUGGUCGGAGUUCAUUGAAGUCCAAUAAUGACGAUGACUCAUUCGAUCUUUUAUUAAAAGAGGCUAAAGCGAAACUACGUAACCGAAAGGUUUGACACACGUAUAUUUUAUUAGUUUUUAAUUUUAUUCAAUAUAUAUAUAUACCUAUAUAUAUAUAUAUAUAUAAAUUCUUUUUUUAAAUUGACGGUGCCAGAACUUGAGCAGAAAAAAUGAUUUACGAUCAAGACAUUGACUGUAAUUUUUAAUGUCGAUAAUGCAAACAAUUAUCGAGAAAACGAUGAAUUAAUUCUUCUCAAAACUCAAUUAUUACAUUAAUAUAUAUAAAUUAACAAAUAACUACAACUAUUAGAAGGAAUGUUAGAUCCAUAAUAAUUAAUCAUGCAUUCGAAAGUUUCAGUUAUUUUCAGCCUAACAAAUAUAUAUAUAUAUAUAUAUAUAUAUACACACACUUAUACUAGUAAUCAAUUUUUUUUUACUUCUCUAAAGUAGACUCGAUGUCUUAAUCACUAAUUACUAUUCAACUUGCUUCAAUUUUUUUAUUUUAUCA